UCCUUCCACUUCUUUCCCCCCUUUCUCCCUUUUUUACACCUUUUUCUUCUUGCUCCCUCUUGUUAUGUCUCGACUUCCCUUUACUCAACUAUCUCACCUAAAAUUUAUUUAUCUCUCUCACCGCCCCACCCUCUUGCAAAAGAAAAAAGGGAUAGCAGUACAUAUAUAUGUACACACACAAUAUCAUGUGCCUUGGAUAACGUUAUCAUGGUUCGUUUGUUUGAUAUGCCAUGGUAAGAGUGAAUUUUGACAGAACAAGAGAAGAAGAUGAAACAAGUUAGAAACUUUGGGACAAUGACUACGAGGUUUCUCAGCAGUUUUUGCAUAUUCAUCCAACUUGGUUGUCUUUUUAUAAGUUCAGGUUCAAAUGCUACACAUACAAGAUCCUUAGAACAGAAUUCUUCAACUAGUCAAAAGGACAUAACAACUCCAAUAACAACAGUUCCAACUGGAACUCCUCUCACCACUACUCCCACUACAACUACCCCAGUGCUGAACCCCACAAUCUCGGAUCCUGAUUCGACCCCUAACGGUCCAGCCAAUCCGGUAAUGACACCAUCCAUAACCAAUUCACCGGUAUCUUCAUCAAGCUCGAGCAGCAGUUGGUGUGUUGCUAGCCAAGCUGCCUCGCAGACGACCCUACAGGUCGCGUUAGACUAUGCCUGUGGAUAUGGUGGUGCUGAUUGCUCUGCCAUCCAGGCUGGAGGAAGCUGUUACAACCCCAACACGCUCCGCAAUCACGCUUCCUUUGCAUUCAAUAGUUAUUAUCAGAAAAAUCCAGUUCCUAAUAGCUGCAAUUUUGCUGGUGCUGCUGUUACUACAAACACUGAUCCCAGUAGUGGUUCAUGCCAAUUUCCAUCAACAAGUACAAGUGCAUCAAUUUUGAAUACAACAAAUUCAAGUGGUUCAACAGUAUUUGGAGCUGGACCUAUUACGCCGACUACUUCAGCAGCUGUCCCUCAAAAAAGCUUCCUGAAUUAUUAUUACUACCACAUAUUAAUUUGUAUUGUGAUACUGCUAGCGGAUUAUGAUCGAUGAACUGUAACUUCCUUUGAAGCCUAUUUUUUCUUGGAAAUUGUGGAGUACAACAUACUGCUGGCAGGAGAUAAACAAUAUUGCAUGAGGAUAUACAAGAUUGAGUUUACAAAUAUGGUGUGAUCAGUGAUGUCAAAUUGGUAACAAGUUGUUACUUUUUUAAUCAAUUUGCCGAAAUGACAUCUUGCUUUUUGGGAGAUAAAAGAAUUUGUGUGCGGAGUUGUAGAUGAAGAAAGUGAGCAAUAUUCUGCUGGAUUUGUAGUGUUGCUUAGCUAGAAACUAAGUUUUGUUGUAGAUUUUGUAAAAGCAUGUAACACUAAUAGUGGAUGUGGAUAAAAGAACAAAGAUACACAUUGCUUUUUGUUU